AUGUAUCCUGCUCCAGUCCAUAUUCGCGCGAAACCUAUCGUUACACGCCGCUGCUUGCCGUGGCCCUUGUUCCAACGAAUUGCUGCACCCUCGUUCGGGAAAUACCUCUUUGCCGCCUGCGAUGUGUUAAACGGCUGGCUAAUUCAUAAUCUUCUGCUGAACCGUGUGCUCCCUCGGGCUCUGUCAAACGACCGACGCGCGCGCCUGGCGACUAUGUACAGUGCAUUGCACCUGCUCAACCCGCUCGUGUUCACGAUCUCGACGCGGGGCUCGUCUGAAGCUGUGCUCUCGCUCUUCGUGCUGCUGACGCUGCAUACCGCGUUGAACGGGCGGUGGGAUGCAGCUGCCGUGCUGAUGGGGGCAAGCACUCAUUGGAAGAUCUAUCCGCUGGUCUAUGGCGUUGCGUGCCUCGGUGCCAUCGGGGGCGUAGGCAAUGCGAAGGGAAUGAACGACUACGCGAGGGCGCUGGUCAACGCGAAGACGGUGCGCUUUGCGGUGUUAAGUGCGGGAACCUUUGUCUUUCUAGGACUGGGAUGUUACGCAGUAUGGGGUUAUCCGUUCCUCUACGAGUCGUAUCUGUACCAUGUCCACAGGCUGGACCACAGGCAUAACUUCUCGCCGUACUUCUAUCUGAUCUACCUCACCUACGGGUCCUCCACGGAGAAUCUCUCCAUUUGGAACAGGAUCCUGCGCUCGCCUUUGACCAGCUUCGGCCCGCAGAUGGCUCUCACGCUGGGGAGCGGGCUGCUGUUCGGACGUGCGCAGGCUUCGCUCUCCCCCGGUGUCCGUGUCUGA